GCGGGGUCUAUAGUGCCUCUGCGGCGCAAAUGGGUCUGGUACGGUCAGGUCCCAGGCACACAGAUACCGGCGGCUUGACUCGGCGUGAGAGCGCGGGACGGGACGGCCCGGAUGAGCCCCUGUUUCGAAAGUCGUUCUUGCUUCCGGGGGCAGCGCAGGAUUUCUAGGGCAUGGUCUGCUGACAUCAAGAAUGGGAACGGAAAUCUCGGGCCUCAAGAGCAACCCCUCGGCGUCGGUCGGAUGCCGGGCCGCUCCGCACAGGUACCGGGAAAGGUACUGUACCCCGCAAAUCGAUCUACGCCCGCUGCAUGGUGUCAGCGUCGUACCCCAGACUCGAUUCAAAUACCUACCCCUAUCCUCUCAGGUUCGCUCGCGCUGCCAUGUCCUUUCUCCUUUCCUACACAACUGUUCUCAGCCAUUGUAAGCAGAUCUCACGCCUCCUCUUCGUCGUCUGCCAUGACUCGCCCAAGCAAAGUCUCCAGUGGCUUCAUCGGGUAUGAUGUGGGGCUGUCGGGUACUCCACUAUUGAGCGUUGUGACCUCCUGCUGCGCUCUCGGCUUUCUCCUGGUAGGGUGAGACAGAAGAGAUGAGGGGAAGUUCAGAGGCGAGCAUGUAUACUCAACUACCCUUUGUGGGUUUCUCUCCGUUUUGAAUCUCCUUGUGCAGCUACGACAAUGGUGUCUUUGGGUGAGUCAAUUGUGUUGGGUGCUGGAGGGCCAGCUCGGAUU